GGGAUAUAUAUAUAUAUGUUGAGAAAAAAUUAAUAAUAAUACAAAUUAAAUAAACUGUAAAUGAAUAAAUCGGAAAGUUGAAGCGAAAGAUUGACUUAUGUUCAUAUGUAGGUAUUUUUUUCUUGCGUUUUUUGUUUUUUAAAAAUGCGAGGGAGUCUUGUGUUUUAGAAUAAAAAAGUUAGUAGAAGUAAAAUGAUCGUAAAAUAAUGCAAAAAUAUUGAUUUCGAAGAAAAAUUCGAUAGAAAAUUGAAGGAAGAAAUUAGAGACGCGCGAGUCUUUUUGUCACGAAUGAACGCUAAUAAUUUUAGGUGCGAGUUAUCCUGGGCAUAGGGGGCACACCGACAAAUGAAGCUCGAAAUACCUUUAUCUGGGCAGUGGGCACAGUGCCCAUAAGCGAAUUGUUUCGACAAUGUACAUAUGUACAUUGUGCGAGACUGACAAGGUAGUGCGCGUUGAUUGCGCGCUUUUUUAUUCUCAUAAAAUCGAUCGUAUGUUAUCAUUUUAACGAGAACUGGAUAAUUGUUCUUCUCCUUAAUAAUAAUAAUGAAUCUAUAUACGUAAUAAAUACUAUUUAUCAUAUUAUUACUUUCAUAUAGUGUUUUCAAUAGUGUAAUAUUGUAAGCAGAAUCUUACAUUUAAAGUGACAGAGCAGUGCGAUGGGCCGCAGAAAACAUCGGAGCAAAGGAAAUAACUUACCGUCGAAGACGACGAAAUGUAAUCUUGCUUGUGAAAAACCAACAAUUCGCGACGAAGCCAAAGUGAAAGAUGUGAGAGAAAGGAGAACAGCAACAGAAAAAACCAUAGCAACGGAUGAUACGUGUUACAAGAAAGAAAGGCCAGACGGUUUUCACGAAACGAAGAAUCCAGUUGGUGUACGUUCUCGACUAACGUACCCGUUGGUACAGCCGUCUUUAUUCGUUGAUCCAUCGAUACUGUCCAACGAGGAUGAGAACGAUGAUGAAGAAUGCAUUGAAUUAAGCGUGAAACCACGAUUCGUAUUUGUGUCGAGCCUCUGUAUGGUUUGCCUGCAAAAGUCCACGUUAUUUUGCGAACGUUGCCGAAUGGUGUCUUAUUGCUCGACAACGCAUCGAACGCAGGGACUGUCGCAGCAUCGCGAAUUAUGCGAAGCACUGACAGAGAUUCACUCGUCCAUCGUGUCGGCGCUCUCCGAUGAAUCGGGCGUGCAAUUAGACGCGGACCAGUACCGUAUUUACCGGUUAGAAUUGCUGGCGAUUCUCGAGUCUGAGAUGAAACGGUCGUUGGAUCUUUGGGAAAAGGAGAUCAUAUUAUAUCCUAGAGUCUGUCGAGUCUGCCGUCGUUUUAGCGAGAAACUAGUUUGUUGCACGCAAUGCGGUAUGGAAUUCUUUUGCAAGGAACACGAACAAGAGCACAGAAAUUGGUGCGACGAGUUUCAAGUUUUCCAAAGAUUUUUGCAUCUUCAGCAUAAACACGGUUGCGUCGAUCCGGAAAUCCCGAAUGCGCAUCUGGAGAUGUUCGUCGCGAGGCCGGAGUUCGAUCUUGAUAAACUGAUGCAUCAAAUUUAUGGUAAUUCCUUGUACUAUCGUCAAAUGGAUUGUUAUACGUAUUCUGUAUUGUCGCAUUUGUGUACGAUUCCACUGACGGCUCUUUAUUCUAUGCAAGCUUCUUGUACCGAGUGGCAAGACAAAACCGAUUGGACUAUUCACGUACUAGGCGCGGAAUUUCAAUUCGAAGGUAUAAAUUUAGACGUCUGGGAAAAACUGUUUCUUCAUUUUUUACCGAAAUUGAAGAGGCUUCAUUUAAUCUUGAUCGGACCAGAGUUACGAUUGCCAGGAGGCGUGCCUCUUAAAUUUUUGUCCACGGUCAAAAUUUGCAACAAAUGUAAAUCCGCUGGCAGAGCUGUUGUCGUUUCGUUUAAACCGGAGAAGCUUUACCACGAUUUGGUUCGCGACGCGUCGGAAAAUCUCGCUGCUCCUGAUUUAAUUUGUCUUUACAACCCUGGCCUCUACCGGAAAACUGGAUUUAGUGGAAAAGACACGUGGUUCGAAACGAUACGUGAAUUUUCUAAAACGUUAGUUCCAACCGCUAUCACGUCUUAUACCAAAGAAGAAAUGCUUUGGGAAAUAAAUCGAGUAAAUUCGGUCUCAAAUGUUGAAGUUCUUUUACCACCGUGUAAAAAUCCGUUUGCAUCGGUGAGGCCAGAUCGAAACUUUGUUAGCGAUAAUAUUACCCCUCUUAUCUAUAAGAAUCACUAUAUUACCAUUGUUAAAGGGAAAUCAAUUUUACUCUAACUCUUUAUAUCCUAUACGUGUACAGAGAUUCUAUACGUAUUAGGUAUGUAUACUACAUAUGUAAAUAUUUGGACUUUUAAAUUAUUGCAGCAUAAAAUACAGUUUGAAUGAAUCUUUUUAAUUUAAUCUUGGAAUAAUUAAAUAAUAAGUUGGUAUAUUUUAAAUAUUUUUUAGCUGCAAUGUGUAUUAACACUAUUAGUGUUUCUCAAAAAGAUUGAAGAAGAGUUGAAAUGAAUGGUAAAGACAACCAAGGCAAACGAACGUUCUUGCCUUGAAGAUCGAGCAAAUGAAAAUAUACAUGAGGUACUGAGAGCAAAAAUAAAUUAAAUUAAUGUCAACAUGUGCAUUAAUUUAUUCUAAAAAAUUAUAUUAAUAAUAUGAAAAUGUACUGGAUAUUAAAUGCAAAAAGCGCUUCAGUGACAAAAGUUAGUCACAAUAUUUCUUAUGUGUAAUGAAGUUAUACUGUAAUACUGUUUCUAAUAUUAAAAAACUUAAUGUUUCUUCUUGUUUCAUUAAUACAAUAUAGAAUACUAAUAUA